AUGGCGGCGGCAGCCUCAGCGCCAGUCCCGCUUAAUCCCGUUCAAUGUCGCGAGAUCUCGCCGCGAGCGGCCUGGUCGCCGCGGUUACGCGACGCGGAAACUCCGCUGCGGCAGGUGACGGCCGCGGGUUCGAAUCCUGCCUCCGCUGCCGCGCUGUCAGGUGUGCCAACCAUGGAGGCUGGUUCCAGGAAGGGGUCCGCGGGGCUGGCCGCCGCCCUGCCCAGCCAGCCGCCGCCGCUGCGCAUCGCCGUGGGCACGGCUCGGCAGCUGAGAGCCAUCAAAAGUGAGCUGUCAGCCACUCUGGUGCGUGUGGAGUACAAGGGGAGCGUGCUGGGGGACUCCUCCAAGGCUGAAGUGUCAGCAGAUGGGACAGCAGAGUACGGCUUGGAGUGCAGCUUGGAGUGCAGCCCUGCCGGCCCCGUCGCCCCGCACGACCUGGCGCAGCAGCCGCUGCUCCUGACAGUGUUAGAAGUGUUGCCAAAGGACAAGAAACAGAAGGAGAAGACCAUGCCUCUUGCCCAAGCUGUGGUGGACCUCCUGCCUCUGCUGCAAGGACAGUGCUCACUGAAGGUCUCAGCUCCUUUGUAUGCAGUGCCUACCUCACCCUCAGAGAGCCUUCACCCCCAGGCCAAGCAGGACUUCCCCUUGCUCUUCAAGAAUGGCCUCCUGAAGCUGGCUGGCGAGAAAGAGCCACUGCCCCGCCCCAAGAAAUGGCCCCUUGAUGACAUCCUGGCCCCUGCAGCUCUCAGCAUCCCCAGCUCCUUCAUCCUAGGUGGUCCCUUUGAGGAUGAGGAUGGAGAGCUCAACAAACCAGAGGACAGGGAAUUUAGGACCCAAGCAGAAAGCAGGAGGAGGAUUGUGUGGGACACGGAAAGCCGUCGGUACCUGGAUGCUGCUGCUGUGCUCCGCCUGCAGCAGCAGAUCCUGGAGUGCCGGUGCUGGCCUGUGGAGCUCUGCAGGGUGGCCCUGGCCCCACCCAGCAAAGGGAAAAGCAGCAAAGCUGACAAGGGAGAUGAGGACAAGCAGCUCUCCUUCCAUGGGGUGGCCUAUGUCAACGUGGUGCCUUUGCUCUGCCCUGGGGUCACGUGCAUCCGAGGAGCUUUCCCUGUCCACAGCUACCAGGACAGCGAGGUGCUGGAGAAGACCAAAAGGCAGCAGAGUGCUUUCAGGGAUCUCAGGACACAGCUCAGCCUGAGCAAGGAAGGGUUAUGGACCUCAGGAACUGGCAGUCCCAGACCUGCUCCCAGCAAGGCUCAGAAGGAAGACAGAGAGAAACCUUUCAUCCGAAGGAUGUCCACUGUGUCCAAGAUCCAGUCAGAUGCUUCUGCAGAAGCUGACAGCAUGGCCAGUGCCAGCCUUGAUGGACAGCAAUAUGAUGAGGCAGGAACCUUCCUGGUGCUGGAGAUAAAGCUGGCCAAGGCCCUGGUGCCCAGGCGGGCACACGAGGAGCUCAGCAGACGGAUCAAGGAGAUGAUUCCUCCUCGCCCUCCCCUGCCUCCUCGGACUUCAGGAGCCAAGAAGGCUGUGGAAGAUUAUCACAACCAUGUCAGCAGCAUUGCUGUCUCCAUCCUAAGGGAGUACCAGGAGCUGUUUGGGAAGCAGCUGCCUGAGCAGGGAGCCAUUGACCACCAGACCCUGGAGGAUCAGAAGCAUCAGCUCUGCUUUAAGCUCAACACCUCUGGGAAAUAUUUUGCUUUCAAGGAGCAGCUGAAGUAUGCUGUGGUGAACAUUGUGAGGGAGAAGUACCUGAAGACCACAGCCUUUGAGAGCCAGGAGCAGCUGCAGGCGUUCCUCAGCGAGCUCUAUGUGUACCUGGUGGAGCAGAUGCACAUUGCCCUGAACCAGCUCCUGUUUGAGGAACCUGCUCCUGCAGCCCCUCCAGCCCACAGCACCCAGGAGCAGCUCUGGCUCUGUGCUCGGGAAGCUGAGUUCAACAAAGACUACAAGCUGGCAUCCCUGUACCACCAGCAGAGGGUGGCUCAGGACCAGUGCAACGCCCAGCCCUGGCUGGACUAUGGCAUCUUCUGCCUCCUGCUCCAGGAUGCACCCAAAGCCCAGCAGUGCUUCCAGCAGGCUCUUUCUCUGGACCCCCACAACCUCCAAAGCUUGCUGCUCUGUGGGAUUGUGGCUGUCACCCUGCAGCACUGGGAAGAGGCUGAGAUCUUCUUUGAGUCUGCCUGCUGCUUGGAGCCCUCCAGUGUGGUGGCCUGGACCCUUUCAGGUUUGUUCUUUGAGCUGCAGGCCAAUGAUGUUCAGGCAGAAAUGGACUUCCGGGAAGCCAGGAAGCUGCUGCAGGCACAGGGCAGCAGCAUCCCCGAGGCUCUGCAGGGAGAAGGAGGACAAAAGGACAGCUCCAAUGGGUGUCUGAGGUCACCCAGCCCAGCCCCAGAGGAACCUGUGCCAGAGAGGGCUCCAGAGGGCUCAGCUGACAAACUGCCCAAGGUGGUGGAGCCUGCCCUAGCCUGUGCAGCACCCAAGGAAGAGGCCACAGCACCUGAGACAGCCCCAGGAGCACCAUCCCCUGGCUCAGGAUUUGGCCAACCUCCCUGCAGCAUCUUCAUGAAGGCAGUGGAAUUCCUGCUGAAGGUCAAUGCUGUCCAGUUUGCUCACAGGGCUCUGGCCCAUGAGCUGCUGAUCCUUCAGGGAAGAGCCUCCUGUGCCUACUACCUGGCCCUGGCCCAGACAUACUUGCUGAAGGAAGAUCUCUCCAGGUGUGAGGAGUGUCUCUGUGAAGCCACCAAGAUUGACUACAUUAAUCCAAACAUCUGGGCUCAGAAGGGGCACCUGAGCUACCUGAGGAGGGACUUUGGGAAGGCAAAGGAGAGUUAUGAGAGAGCCAUCAGCUUCCUGCAGGAGCCUGAGGAUGUGCACUUUGUCUACCUGCACCUGGGCUCCAUCUACUUGGAAGAGAAAGAGCACUGCCGUGCCAAGCAGACCUUCCUGCUCGCCUGCAAGAGCUCCGCGUCCUGCCUCACCUGGCUGGGGGCUGGCAUCGCCUGCUACAGGCUGGAGGAGCUGGUGGAGGCAGAAGCAGCUCUGUCUGAAGCCAAUGCCCUAAGUAACACCAAUGCUGAAGUGUGGGGGUACCUCACCCUCAUCUGCCUGCAAGGAGGUCGGGAGCUGGAGGCAGAGCAGUGCUACAAAUACACCCUCAAGCUGGGCCUGAGUAACGACGAGUUGCUGCGGGAGAUCCACGACGCGCAGCACCGGCUCGGUCUCGGCAAUCCGUCCCUCUGAGCCCCGCGUCCCCC